AUGAAGAGCAACCAGACCUCCGAUCAGAAGAAGCAGAAAGAGGAGAAGACUCUACAGAUGGCCGAUCCCAAGAACGAGGACAGCAAGUCUGCUGGCCCUGCGGGCAAAGUUGCCCUCUCUUCCACCGCACAGCAGCAGCAGCACGAGAAGCCUCGUCGCGUCAUCAAGCCUCGCCCUCAGCACGCGAGCUCCCUCGAGACCGCGGACGAUGAUGAGUAUGACGACUGCUGGGACCCCUAUUACGAGGACUCGCCGGCCAAGGACGACAAAGUUGUCGAGGAGGACUUUGUCCUCAUGAAGAAGCCUAACCCGUCUCGUUAA